CCCGUGUUGCAUGUGUACGGCGGGAAGCCCCUGAUAUCGGAGGGUGGAACGAGUAAUGUAACCAAUUCCAGAAUUUGUCCACGUCGUCGAGGUCAAAGGUGUACCAUGGGUCACUGCAGCACCCCAUCACCCACACUAGUACUUUCGCCCCAAGAAUCAGGAAGGUCGUGAAGUUCUGCGAGCAAUGCAUCUCCGUCGCCCGCAUGUGAUACCCAUGCGCCUGGGUCUUCGCGUCGGAUGCCGGCGCACCCACCCCCUUCAGCUCAUACAACGAUGCCGGUUUUUGGUGAAGUCAGGAAUUAGCAUGCAGAUCUUCGUCCCCGAUUCUCCGUAUGAAUUCGACGGGUUGUGCGCCUGCUUCACCGCCGACGCCACCAUAGGCGUCACCUUCCUGGCGCCGUUUUGAAUAG